UAAAGCCCUAGGUUUUGACAGGGGAUCCCCUAGGGCUUGGGAGGGCGCUAUGAGUGACAAGGAUGAGGAUGGCGGUGAGAAUGGAUCGCAAAAUCCAGUGUUCAAAGUGCCCGCCGAACGGAAAUCUAGGCAAGCGAAGAGGAAUGAGGUGGCCAGGAGGAGCUCGGACGAUGGCUCUCACAGCACUAGAAAUUACCGUGUGCCAAAUCCUCAAGACACCCCAUCCCAUCCAGGCGGCGUGAAUGAGGAUGCUGCGGCUGCUAUUGCCGAGCGCCCAAACAGGAGGAGAUUAGCAUCGGAGAUUGGAUUCUACAGUACUGGUGGCCCAAAACCACCAAGAGAUCGUCCUAGCUCAUCAGAGAAAGAGAGCGGCACAGAUAGAAGACAGAAGCGUGAGUCAUCUCCUGGGAGAUGGAAUGACGGGAAAUCAUCUUGGGAUGACGGCAGAUGGGAAUGGGAUGACACGCCCCGGCGGGAGACAACCCCUCGGCACGAACACACCCCGUACAUUCCAUCCUCUCCUUCAGAGUCUCGCUAUGCGUCUCCUUGGUAUGGAGAUUCAUCAGGCACAACUCCUUCUCCAUGGGACAUUGCGUCGCCUUCACCCGCUCCUGUUCGAGCAAGUGGUGCCCCUCGUGACAGAGGCCAAAAGUCGCACAGCCUGAAGUUUCGUUCUCAUGUUACAGCACCGCAGUAUGAGGAGGAGUACAAAGGUUCGGAGGAUGGUAGCAACGGGUACGAUGGAACAGGCGAUGGACAAAUGGAUGCAGUACUUGACCGUGCCUGGUAUGAUAGAGAAGAAGAUGGUACCGCUGUGGAUAUCGACGAUAGUACAUCCUUGUUCAUGGGUGAUGAAGCCACUUUCAAAAAGCGAGAAACUGAAAUGGCCAAACGAUUGACGCGGCGGGACGGAAGCAAGAUGAGUCUUGCUCAGAGUCAGAAAAUGUCUCAAUUAAGUGCGGAUAAUGCGCAGUGGGAAGACAGGCAGCUUAUGCGUUCCGGCGCUGUGCGUGGCACCGAAGUGCAAACAGAUUUUGAUGAUGAAGAUGAGAGUCGUGUAAUAUUACUUGUGCAUGAUACUCGGCCGCCGUUCCUUGACGGCAGGCUUGUAUAUACGAAACAGGCUGAUCCGGUGCUGCCAGUUAAAGAUCCAACCUCUGACAUGGCGAUCAUAGCACGAAAAGGGUCCGUUUUAGUGCGAGAAUCGCGCGAAAAGCAAAAUAUGCAGAAGUAUCAACAGCGCUUCUGGGAACUCUCAGGAUCAAGGCUUGGGGAUAUCCUGGGUGUAAAAAAGUCUGACGAAGAAUUAGCGACGGAGAAGGAAGAAGAAAAAGUUGGUGAAGAGAGCGAAGUCGACUAUCGCGAGAAUGCCAAGUUUGCAAAGCAUAUGAAGAAGGGUGAGGCGGCAAGUGAUUUUGCAAAGUCGAAAACUAUAUCAGAGCAGCGACAGUACCUGCCUAUUUUUUCUGUUCGAGACGAGCUUCUUCAGGUGAUACGGGAGAAUCAGGUUAUUGUUGUGGUCGGAGAAACUGGGUCUGGUAAAACAACUCAAAUGACGCAGUACCUUCACGAAGCGGAGUAUUCUACGUAUGGGAUGGUGGGAUGCACGCAGCCGAGGCGUGUUGCGGCUAUGAGUGUUGCGAAACGUGUUAGCGAAGAAAUGGACUGCGAACUUGGCGAUAAGGUUGGAUAUGCUAUUCGUUUUGAAGAUGUUACCGGUUCAAAUACGAUCAUCAAGUACAUGACGGACGGUGUGCUGUUGCGUGAGACGUUACGUGAACCUGACCUCGAUCAAUACAGUGUGAUUAUAAUGGAUGAGGCUCAUGAGCGAAGUCUCAAUACGGACGUUCUUUUUGGAAUUUUGAAGCAGGUGGUUGCACGACGUCGAGAUUUCAAGCUUAUUGUGACGUCUGCAACGCUUAAUGCACAGAAGUUUUCGAACUUUUUUGGAAGUGUUCCAGUAUUUUACAUUCCCGGUCGAACAUUUCCUGUCAACGUUUUAUAUAGCAAGACUCCUUGUGAAGACUACGUUGAUGCAGCUGUAAAACAAGCGAUGGCCAUACACCUGACGUCCCCUCCAGGAGACAUACUGAUAUUCUUAACCGGACAAGACGAGAUAUACACCGCCGGUACCGCCUUAAAGGAAAGAAUGGAACAGCUGGAUGCAACUUCACAGAGACCUGCAGCGCCAUUACUGGUGUUGCCCAUCUACUCGCAGAUGCCAUCGGAUUUGCAAGCGAAGAUAUUCCAGAAAGCCGAGGAAGGAGUGAGGAAGUGUGUUGUGGCCACAAACAUUGCCGAGACAUCUUUGACAGUGGACGGUAUUUUGUACGUUAUCGAUUCCGGGUACAGCAAGAUUAAGUUCUACAAUCCUCGCAUGGGUAUGGACGCACUUCAGGUGUUUCCUAUCAGCCGGGCAGCAGCUGAUCAACGGUCUGGACGAGCCGGAAGAACAGGGCCCGGGACUUGCUACAGGUUGUAUACUGAGACUGCUUAUCUCAACGAGAUGCUGCCAAACCCGGUACCCGAGAUCCAGCGGACCAACCUUGGAAAUGUGGUGCUGUUAUUGAAGUCGCUCAACAUAGAUAACCUCCUCGACUUCGACUUCAUGGAUCCGCCGCCGCAGGAGAACAUCUUAAACUCCAUGUACCAGCUGUGGAUACUUGGCGCUCUAGACAACGUUGGGAGGCUUACUACUCUGGGGAGAAAGAUGGUGGAGUUCCCGCUGGAUCCUCCGCUUGCCAAGAUGCUUCUGAUGGGAGACGAGCUGCAGUGCCUCAGCGAGGUCCUGAUCAUCGUCUCCAUGCUGUCAGUACCGUCGGUUUUCAACAGGCCCAAGGAGCGGGCAGAAGAGAGUGAUGCCGCUCGCGAGAAGUUUUUCGUGCCGGAGAGCGACCACCUGACGCUGCUCAACAUCUACCUGCGGGCAAAAGAAAACAAGUUCGGGACAAAAUGGUGCAACGAUCACUACCUCCAGAGGAAAGGCCUGCUCAAGGCCCGUGAGGUCCGCUCCCAGCUCCUUGACAUCCUCGAGAAGCAGAAGAUCGCACUCUCGUCGUGCGGCCACGAGUGGGACGACAUCCGAAAGGCGAUAUGCUCGGCCUACUUCCACAACGCAGGACGCCUUAAAGGAGUGGGGGAGUACGUGAAUUGCCGGAACGGGAUGCCGUGCCACCUCCACCCGAGCAGCGCUCUCUACGGGCUGGGCUACACUCCCGAGUACGUGGUGUACCACGAGCUCAUCCUGACGACCAAGGAGUACAUGCAGUGCGUGACGGCGGUGGAGCCGACUUGGCUGGCGGAGCUGGGGCCGAUGUUCUUCUCGGUCAAGGACUCCAACACGUCGCGGCUGGAGCAGUAUAAGAGGCAGCGAGUGGAGAAGACGGUGAUGGAGCAGGAAAUGGAAACGCUGCGGAAGAACGAGGCGGAGGUGACGGCCAAGGUGAAGGACACCGAGAAGGCUGCCCGGCUUGCCCGAGAGAGACAGGCCAUCACCACGCCGGGAAUGCGUGUGCCCGGCACUCCAUCUCGGACUCCCAAGCGCCUCGGAUUGUGACUAUGAUAAACUAGUAUAAUCCCCUCCCUCGUUUUUGACUAACUAUUCUACGUUUUGAUAAA